AUGGGUGCAAAUUCAACAAAGCCAUCCUUUAGGUAUACAGCUGCUGUAGAUGCUGGAUCUCCUGGCAUUAACAUUAACAUUACUUAGAGUGUUUAACGUGUUUCUCUGGUUCCGCAGGGUUAUUUAACAAAGCCACAAGGGCUCACCACAGUACACACCAAUUGGUGACGUUUUCAGCAUUUCCGACGUCACCCUUUUUAUCGGGUCGAUGGGCCAUCCUAAACAAAUGACGGCCAAUUGGCUACCAGAUCUCACAGGCUACAUUGCAUUGCUCAAGACUUGACUCCUGCGCGUUGUGCCACCUUUGGUUCUCCUUCCUCGGGAGCGUCAAGCAGUAAAACCCUAUGUCCACCAAACAUCCAAGGAUCAGGCCAGGAGGCUGUGCUCCCCUCCCCGUUGCUUACCUGAUAUUGGUGGAUAAGGUCUCACCGGGGAAACUGAACCCUAUAAUAAUAAAAUUGCCAAAGGAAAGGAAAUCUUCAAAGAAGAAUUUUCUUGACGACACCAUUUUAUUAUUGCUGGAUCUCCUGGCCAAUCACCAGUUUUCGGCUACCCUGAGCCUGGCCCAGAUAUUUCUUAUAAGUGUUUCAAUGGAGCGACCACCUUAUACGAGUCCUUUAAAGCUUCUGUUGAACGCCAUAGCUCAAAGAAUUUCCUCGGCACCCGAGCUAAAAAUCCAGACGGCACUAUAGGAGACUACCAAUGGAAAACAUAUGGAGAAGUCUCUCAAUUUGCCUUAAGUCUUGGAUAUGGCUAUCAUUCCUUAGGAAUUACCACAAAAGAUGACGAAGGAAACUCAUUCCUAGGCAUUUAUUCCCGCAAUAGAGAAGAAUGGAUAGUCAAUGACAUUGCUUGUAUGUCCCAGUCAAUAGUGUCUGUGCCUCUUUAUGAUACUUUACAAGGAGAAAGUCUUGAUUUCAUUUUAGGCCAAACCAACAUGAAAGCAGUAUCAUGCCCAUUGAAGCAAGCAGAAGGCAUUAUAAAAUUCAGAAAACAAGGACUAAUACAGAAUCUUCAAAUUGUGGCUGUUUUUGAGGAAAUUAGUGAUGAACUUAAAGCAGAAGCCUCAGGUCUUGGGCUUGCAUUUUACAGUUUGGCUGAAAUUGCACGUAUGGCACCUGAUGGAGAAGUUCACCCUCCCACUGCAGAUUCACUAUAUACAAUUUGCUAUACAAGUGGGACAACAGGAAUGCCUAAGGGUGCUAUCAUUACUCAUAAUAAUUUGAUUUCUACCAUUUCUGGAGUAAUUAACUGGGGAAUUACCUUUACUCCAGAUGAGGUUUAUUUAUCUUAUUUGCCACUUGCACAUAUGUUAGAAAGAUUUGUGGAAAAUUACCUUAUUGUUAUGGGCUGUGCCUUUGGGUUUUAUCAAGGAGAUGUUAUGAAGCUUAAAGAUGACUUGGCUGUGCUAAGGCCUACCAUUUUUAUAUCAGUUCCUAGGCUUUGGAAUAGAUUUUAUGAUGCAAUUCAACAGCAAUUUAAUGCAUUACCUCCAGCCAAAAAAGCAUUAGUUGACAAAGCACUUAAGGUGAAAAAACAUUAUUGGGAAACCCAAGGGAAAUUAACCAAUUUUGUAUGGGACAAAAUUGUUUUUGCAAAAGUCGCAGGAGUACUUGGAGGCAGAGUCAAACUUAUGGCGACCGGCUCAGCACCUAUAGCGCCUGAUGUGCUAAAUUUCUUAAGAAUCGUCUUUUCGUGCCCUAUAUUAGAAGCUUAUGGUCAAACUGAAACAUGUGCAGGCUCGUUCAUUACUAGACAUCAAGACUCAGAAACUGGACAUGUAGGCGGACCAAUCACGACUUUGCAAGUUAAGCUUGUAGACGUCCCAGAAAUGGAAUAUUUAAGCACAGAUCGUAAUGAGGAUGGAGAAUUAGCCCCAAGAGGAGAAAUCUGCUUAAAGGGUGGGCCUAUAUUUUUGGGAUACUAUAAAAGUCCUGAAUUAACUGCAGAAGCUUUAUCCUUUUUAAUAUAUAUAAAUAGAUUAUUCUAAUACAAAAUAAAUAUAUUUUUUUUCUAUAAAUAGUAUAGACUCUGAAGGAUGGCUCCAUACAGGCGAUAUCGGCAUCAGACUCCCUCAUUCAGGCGCAAUCAAGCUUAUUGACAGAAAAAAGAACUUUUUCAAGCUUGCCCAAGGCGAAUAUGUUUCAGCUGAAAAAAUUGAAUUAGCUUAUACAAAGUCGCAUUAUGUUAACCAAAUCUUUGUAUAUGGCGAUUCUUUACAAGCAACUUUAAUUGCCAUUGUGGUCCCUGAUGAGCCUUAUAUAAGAAAAACAUGGGCAGCUGACAAUGGUUUUGGUCCUGAGGCGGCUUUUGGAGAAAUUUGUGCAAGUCCUAAGCUGAAGACUGAUAUUUUGAAAGAUAUGGAUAAAUAUGGAAAAGAGGCUGGAUUAUUUGGAUAUGAACAAGUUAAAGCUAUUGCGCUAGAGCCAGUAGCUUGGACGACUGAUGACUUGUUAACACCUACGCAAAAAUUAAUGAGAUUCCAAGCGAAGAAAAAAUAUGUGGAUGUUAUUGCGCAGCUUUAUUCAGGUCAAUAA